UGCAUCCGUAGCAGGUUUUCGCGAAUGCGUGAAUGUUAUAGUGUAUGGGACGUUUUGAGAAAAAGCAACGUUAUAGGACUUUUAUAGCGAUGAAAUAAUAUUUAUCUGAUGUUCAAAUGUAUGUUCUUUGAAGGCGAUAUCACAUAAUUACCCCGCACUCGGUAUCCGUUAAUUCAUGGCUCUAUCAGAAAAGGAACUUGCUGUUCUACUGAGCUUGUUGCAGGAUGAGCAACUGGAAAAGCAAACUUUCGAAUCCCUAGGCCAGGCACUUCAGCACAAUUUUGCCAAGCAAGACCACUUCCGUGUCAGCUGUGCUCUGGCCUUGCUCAUUCAGCAGUCUGAUCUCAUCAGUGGGCCAUGCCAACGAAUAGUUGCACUCUAUUUCUUGUAUGAAAUGUAUCGGACCGAGUCAAUCCACAUGAAUCCUUUCAUUUCAAUCUUUGUUCACCUACUUAAUCCUCCUGAAGAAACUGGUGGAAAGAAGCCAGAAUUUGCACAUGUCAUUCCCAAGUUGACAUUACACGAAAAAUACUUCCUUACGCAGUUGUUGACUAUUCCUGCAAAGGAUCUUUUCAAGAAAACACCUUGGCAGGUCUUAAACUUGGAUGAAAGCACCCUUCAGAUGGGAGAUGCUGGAGGCAUCCAAGUGUCUUUUGCCGAGCGUCAGUCUGAAAUGCCACAGUCCAGCCGGUCUGGAAUACCACUAAUAAUUGAUGACCCUGACCUGAGAAGGCCAAUAAUUGGAAGUGAUGCACCAAGUCCUGCAAAAGCAAUGCAACAGCUUCUGACUACUGAAAAGCCUCCUGUAGAAGGAGUGUUCCAGCCUGAAUUUCUUAGGCUUGUUCCCCCACUUCAUGAUUGUGAUGGUGAAUUGGCGUGGCUUAUUCCAGUUGAGCAGGAAGAACACUCGUUGUUGUGGGAUCCCACACUUUGCCAGAGUGACACCGCAGGCCCUGAAGCUAAGCGCCUCAUGGCACGUGCCUUCAAGAGCACCCUUACACAGCAGCAGCAGCAGCAGCUUCUGGAUGAACUGUCUGCAGACCCGAAGCUUGUGUACCACAUAGGCCUUUCACCUGCAAAGCUACCAGAAUUGGUGGAGAACAACCCACUUGUUGCAAUAGAGGUCCUGCUUAAAUUGAUGCAGUCAAGCCAGAUCACAGAGUAUUUUUCAGUCUUGGUGAAUAUGGAAAUGUCAUUGCACUCCAUGGAAGUUGUAAACAGGCUAACAACAGCUGUGGAGCUCCCUACAGAGUUUGUACACCUGUAUAUCUCAAACUGCAUAUCGACUUGUGAGACUAUCAAGGAUCGCUACAUGCAAAAUAGACUAGUGCGACUGGUUUGUGUGUUCCUACAGUCUCUUAUCAGAAACAAGAUUAUUAAUGUACAGGAUCUCUUCAUUGAAGUCCAAGCAUUUUGCAUAGAGUUCAGCCGAAUCAGGGAAGCAGCUGCUUUAUUUCGUCUGCUCAAGCAGCUUGAUACAGCAGAACAAGGACCAUCAUCGCCAUCUCAAACAAGUACGAAAUAGCUCUGUGGAUUACUAUGGUAAGCGGAGCGGUUCUGUGAAAUAUGGUGAUGUUCAGAAGUUGUAACUGAAGGGAGUUGUGAUUUUAAUGCUGCAAUGAAUUGCAUUUUUUUUUCCUUGAAAAUAAAACUUUUUCAUGUUUGUG